AUUCAAUGUACUGCUUCGUGUUGACGUUUUGAGUUACUCUUGAUUACAAUGGCUGGCGAUCGGGGAUAUUCAGGUGGCGAUUUUUCUGGAAACAAUUUUGAGGAGUAUGAUGAUGAGGAGUACUGUGAUAGAGUUGAUGAUGAUGAGGAUGAUGACGAGGAAGAUGACGAUGAAGAUGAUUACAAAGAGGAAAAUGCUCGUCAAGAAACAGAAGAACAAGCACGAAUGCUGCUUGAAAAAGCCAAGACAUCCAAAGUUGUUUUUGUUGUGCGAACAAAUGUUGCGUUUCAUGGAUCAGUGGUUGAUGAUUGCCCCGUCCCCGGAAUGGCUGUUAGCUUCCAAGUUAAAGAUUUUCUGCAUAUUAAAGAAAAAUUUAAUAAUGAAUGGUGGAUUGGUCGAUUGGUGAAAGAAGGUUGUAAUAUUGGCUUUAUUCCGUCACCAGCAAAAUUGGAAGCUAUGCAAAAUUUCAGUACUAGAGGUAUGAGCAAGAGUUCCACAGGUAAUCUUGAUAAUUCUCGAACUGGAAAUUCAAGACCAUCAACACCACCAGCUUCAGGUGUUGACACAAUUAAUAGAAGUUAUGAUGAAGAUGGUAAUCCGCCACGAGAAACACCAGCCGGUAAAGCUUCUGUCAGUGCAAGAGGUGGUCGUAAGCCAUUUUUUAAGAAAAGUGAUAAUUUGCCUCCUUAUGAUGUUGUACCAUCCAUGCGUCCUGUAGUUUUAAUUGGUCCUUCAUUGAAAGGCUAUGAAGUAACUGAUAUGAUGCAGAAAGCCUUAUUCGACUUUUUAAAACGACGUUUUGAAGGAAGAAUAAUCAUAACCAGAGUAACAGCUGAUAUAUCACUUGCUAAACGAUCUCUACUUAAUAAUCCUACAAGAAGAGCUAUUAUGGAUAAAUCUUCUGCACGAAAUCAAUCAUUAGAGGUUCAACAAGAAAUCGAACGUAUAUUUGAUUUAGCUCGUACACAACAACUUGUAGUACUAGACUGUGAUACAAUUAAUCAUCCAAGUCAAUUAUCUAAAACAUCUCUUGCACCAAUUACAGUUUAUUUAAAAAUAAGUUCAACAAAAGUACUUCAACGUUUGAUUAAAACACGUGGUAAAUCUCAAGCACGAAACAUGAAUGUUCAAAUGGUUGCAGCUGAAAAACUUUUACAAUGUACUAAUGAUCAGUUUGAUGUAAUUUUAGAAGAAAAUCAACUUCCAGAUGCUUGUGAACAUUUAGCUGAAUAUUUAGAAGCCUAUUGGAGAGCUAGUCAUCCAACUGGUAAAGUAACAAAAGCUGAACGAAUUCUUGGAAUUGGAACAAGUGCAAAUUCAAAUCAACCUGCGGAAAAUGAGACAGCACAUGGAAUGCAUCGACGUCAAAGUAGUUCAUUUAAAAAUGACAAAAGAAAAGGCAAAAAUGAUCAAGAUUAUAAUGGAUCUAGAGAUAAUUCAAAUUCAAUUUCUUCACCUAGACGAGAUUCUACUCAAUUUGAAAAUAAUAGACGACAUUAUGUAGAUGAACAAGAAUUACUUUCAGAUGAAGAUUAUCAUUACAAGCCACAGAAUGAUACACGGACUGUUUGGAAUAAUACUGAAAAGAAUAUUUAUUCUCCAUCUCAUACACCUCAUUUGUCGCCUAAUCAGGUAUUACAACGUGAUAGACAAAUGAAAGGAUCUAAUCGAAUAGAUCCUAUAUCAGUUGGAAUUCAUAGCAAAUAUAAUCAACAUCCACAGUAUGAUACUGAAGAAUCCGACUCACCGAUGGAGAAUGAUCGCUUUAUUAUGGACUCAGGUUAUCCAAAAGCUAGAAGAAGUCGUCAAGGUUCAAUUAUGAUUUAAAUGAAGUUGUGUUUUAUUUGAUCGCCAUAUUUAUAACAUGAGUCGUAAAUGAAUAACAGCUGACUAUUUUCCAUUACCAUACUUUAACACUCACUGUAACACAAUGUAGAGUUACAUAGCAUAAUAAUACUUACUACAUGACAGUAAUAUUUUGUAUCACAUUGCUUUUUUUCUUGAUUUAUUCAACUUUAGUUAAUGUUUUUCUCCUUUUGUUCUGUGAUUUUAUUUAUUGCUGAAGUUUACAUUCCAAAUAAACUGUUUUUGUUAGUUUUUUAAUCAUGAAUCAUAAUACCUAUUAUAUUAUUAAUUCUACUGAGUAUAUUUUCUUCUUUUCAAAAUACAUUAUGUUCAAGCUUUCAAUGUUAAAUAUUAUGACAUUAUGAUGUACAUAUAAUUGGAAAUGCAACAAAUAAUUG